GUUUGGGGAACUCUUACAAAGGAAAGUUCUAUACGUGCUUAGUAUGUAAGCUGGACACCUUUAAGGUUAUGUAUUAGCUGAUACGAAGGUUAUACCUAGAUGCACUGAUUUCCCUUUUAAAUCGAGAAGAUUUGCAAUAAAGACAUAGCAAGAAAAUGACUUCCACGACGUUAAACAUCAACCAGACGCUCUCAGAAUGGACUACCAACAUCUAUAAUAACGGUACAUUGAGUACACCGCUAAGUACAACCACGCCCAGUCCUUACGGAAAAUAUGGACCAGUGGAACAAUUUAAAAUCUUCUGGGCAGCUUACUAUAUUAAUCUGUAUUAUCUGUGGGUGAUAUUCGCUAUUGGAUUUCCCGGUAACUUAGCCAGUUUUAUAACCAUAUUGCGUAUGCCUCCAUUAACCUCGUCAACUGCGUACGUGGCGGUUUUAGCGGCUGUCGAUACUCUUGCCAUCAUAGAUAAAUUACUGUUUCACCAACUGACGCUGUAUGAUAUUCAGAUGGGAGACACAGGCUGUCGAAUUCUAUAUUAUUUCGGAAGUUUUUUUGCCAUGUAUGCUAAUUGGAUUCUAGUAGCUAUGACGAUUGAACGGUUCAUGGCUAUUUGGCUGCCGCUUAAGGUCGGAAACUAUUGUGACGGCAAAAAGGCGGCAAUGAUCAUGGCUAUCAUGGCUCUUGUACUACUGAUCGCGGAUUUGCAGUUUUUCUGGAGUGCCACUCAGAAUGUGGGUAAAGAUGGUAGCGUUGACUGUAGUUUUAAACAGGAAUAUCUGCAGUUUAUCAAUCUGUACUGGUACUGGAUAGACGGGGCUUUAUACGCCAUUCUACCAUGUAUCUUACUCUUUGUUUUCAACCUCCUCAUCAUAUUCGGAAUUCGCCGUUCAGGAAAGAUACAAAAGGAACUCACUAACAGCAAAUCGGAUCAAAUGGCCGAGAAGUUCCGCCAACUGAGACAAAUCACCAUCAUGCUUGUUGUCGUUUCUAUUGUGUUCGUGUUGUUGACCAUUCCCAAUUGUCUCUUCUUUAUCGUGAAGCCAUAUUGGACAUACCAGGAAAACUCAUACGAACACGCACAGUAUCUUUUGACCAACCAGCUAAUCUUUGUGUUAUCCGAUAGUAACCAUGCCGUGAAUUUCUAUUUGUAUUUCUUGAGUGGAAAGCGAUUCCGACGUCGUUUCUUCGACACUGUGUUGUGCCGGAGAACAGUACGUCGUCCCUUCACUAGUGUCAUGCGCACAAUCAAUUCCAACAUCUCGAAUACAUCCAUUUACACAACCCCGUCAUCAAAACAAAAUGGCGAGACAAAGUUCACCUGACUCUUGUCUCGUUGUUUUGUAGGUGACACAGCCUUGAAGAAAUAUCAUGUUUCUUAACUUGUUCUUUCAUUGAUAUUACCUUCAUUAGCAUUAAUAGUUAUUUUCUUUUUGCUAAUAUUAUUUUUAAGCUUACUGCUUCAGAACAUUCCGUGCGAUCACUGAGACCUAGAAAUUCCAUAAUACAGAUACGUCCAGACAUGAUGAAAAAUAUAACACUCACUGUGGAUAACGUAAUUUGAAUAGCUGACAUGUGUAAUGACCAUGGGUUUGUGAGAUUCUGCAAGAUAACUGAAAUUAAAUCUUGAGUUAUACCAGACAUCAUUGAAAGAGCAGCAAGGGGAUUUAGCGUCUCGUCAAUUGAUUACUUAGGUCAUUUUCAGACAAUAGUCCAAAUGAACAACAUUCACAUCCACUUUUACUUUAUUAGAUCACAUUCUUACUUUUAUCUUAAAUCAUGCCGAUGCUUUUGGGGGGAAGAAAUCUGUUCCGGUUUCAUUGAAGCGAUAUCAACAAUCUAUUAGAUUUGAUAAUACCAUUCGUUUUAGUACAUUACAACUAUCAUGAAAAAGAAAUAUUUGCUAAAUUGAUAUUCUUUAGGAAUCGUUCCAUGUUUGAAUACUGAGCUUUUAAAACACAUUAAAACUUCAUAUUGACAUCAAUAAAUUUUCAAUUGGGUGAUUUCAUAAAUGCGUCAAUUGGGUAGCGUUGUUAUCUUUGGUAAGAAAUAGUUAAUACGCAGUGAUAGCCCUCAAUACUGUAUUACCCGCUGGAAAACAAACUUAAAAAUGUAGGCGGGAAGAUGUCAUUAGGAAGUAAUGGACAGGGUUAUCGAGACAAACCAUGAUUUUCUAGUCGAAAAGUCGGACUCCACGUGAAAACUCUAAAAACGAAUCACGGAGUUUCAGAUAGUGUGAUAGGACUAGAAUUUGGACCUGUGAACUAUACUGUAUAACACCGCGAAACCAAAUUACGGUGAAUAAAAUUAUGAUCUUUUUACUCCAUCCAUCAAUAAAUUUAAUGUGGAAUACGUUUUUUUACUAUUUGUGAUAGAUACAUCACAUGACACAACAAAUGGAUGCACAGCAGAUCUAUUUAUUCAUAAUUACACUGUUGGAACAAUGUUUAAAAGAGGCAAUAAUUAAUCCUUACAUAAAACUACAUAGUGGCACCGCUGUUCUUAUAAAUAUAAAUUUUGUUGAAUCAUAAUAAUAAUAUUCAAUUUAAUUAAUUCUCUUAUACGUGUAUAAAUCAUG